AUGUCAAUCAUCACCAGCAAACUCACCGGCAAGAACGUUCUGCUGAUCGGCGGAACAUCAGGAAUUGGCUUCGCCGUCGCCCAAAAAGCGCUCCAAGAAGGCGCCCACAUCACCAUCAGCUCAUCAUCCGAAGACAAAAUCGCCAACGCAGUUGAGCGACUACGGGCAAGUUCCCCCGAACACGCAUCUAAUGUGAGGAGUUACGCGGCCGACCUUUCCGUCAAGGACAAAAUUGAGGCAACUGUCGAGGGGCUUCUCCAGUACGCUGCCAAGAACUCUACUAUCGAUCAUGUAGUCUUCACAGCCGGAAAUGUGCCGCCCAUGGCACCACUCGCUGAAUCAAGCUUUGAGCAUGUCGACGCUUUCCUUAAUGUGCGGUUCUAUGCAGCUCUGGCCAUUGGGAAAUAUGCGCCCAAAUACAUUACUCCAGCUAAAACAUCGUCGAUUACGCUCACUUCGGGGACGCAAGCUCGCAAACCUACAUCAUGGCUGCCGCCGAUCAUCACCAAUGUUAUCGAGGGCCUGAUGAAAGGUCUGGCAGUCACCCUGGCGCCUGUCCGCGUCAAUGUUGUAGCGCCCGGGUUUAUUCUUACAGAGCUUUUGGAGAAGCUGCCCACAGAGAUGGCGCAUGCAUCUAUUGAAAAUGCAAAGGCGAAAUCGUUGACCAAGAACAUUGGAUCACCUGACGAUACAUCGGAGGCAUAUUUGUACUUUAUGAAAGAUAGUUUUGUGACUGGCGUCGUGUUGGAUACGAACGGUGGCGUGUUUCUCUCUUGA